AACGCCUUUAACAGUCUGCAAGUGCUGACAAGACCGACAGGGUCUCGUCAGGACAACAACGGAUGGAGGAUGAACUUAUUUUCACCAGACAAAGGUAAAUCAAGGGCUUCUGAAGCCAUUAACCCAGCAAGUUCAAGUGCAGCUAGUCGCUUCAUGACAUGGACACCAAAGCUACUUAGAAAAGCAAGUUUCCGCCGAACAUCACCUCCAAGUAGACCAGCACAGCCUCUGUCACAGUUGUUGCUUCGAUCCACCAAUUCACGAUCCUCUCUUCCACCUAGCUCACGAUCAACAUCAGAUUCUAAUUGCUCACGAUCCUCGCCUGCACCUAACUAUUCACGUCACACAUUUGCACCUAGUAGGGCGACCUCACCGCCCGGCAGACCAGUGCCUCCAAAUGCACGCACUAUGCUUUCACUUAACAGGCCUUUGUCACCACCGUCAAUAACCCCGAUGGUGACACCUAGCACAGAAAAUUCACCUAACAACAUAGACACAGGAAGCAGACAAAUGACACCUGUACCUGCGAUUCGCAAAGCUUUCUUCCCAGUAUCGCCCUCAGAGAAAACAGCUUAUGAACAGCCUUCUGAAGAUGAGACCAAGUACACCCAGCAGGGUGCAAAACCCAAAAAGAAACGAAGAGCCCCAGCACCACCAAUACCUUUCCCUGGUAAAUCCACCAGCGACCGCCAAGUCAACUCUAACGAGUCGGAUGCGUCAAUGACAUCAUCUGUCACAUCAAGCAGCGCUGAAGACCCUCCGCCACAAGAACGAACCGCGGCUGCCACCUCAGACCUCGAGGUGAUGGCCCCGAAACCAGAAUAUGGCCCCAGAAACACAGAAUUAUACGAGCCUCAGAUAAAGAUACCAGAACCAGCCGGAAUACAAAUUCUUUGCUCCCAAAAAAGAUUACUAGAGCAGAAGCCAGAGAAUGGAGUAAAAGAAAUUGUACCAAAGAAUACUUAUAAAGGGACACAAGAACUGGAACAUGACCAUGUGAACGGACUAGAUGAAAGCGGUGACGGGAAAGAAGUUGUCACAAAGGACGACGAGACUACAACAAAAGAAAAUGAGGCAGUAAAACAUAUAGAACUUGACGAUUACCCCAGUUACAAAAGCAAAUCUGGUACUCAAAAGCUGCAACGGACAUCCGAAAACGAAAUGCAAGAAAAUCCAAACCAGACAGAAGAUGGAAAACUGAGUCGCCAGCAGGAUUGGCACAUUCAUGAUGUGAAACAUAGUUUAAGAAAUGCGAUAACGGAACAGAGAAAGCAACUGGAAAACGGUGUCCAGGAUGCCGAGAUUUCAAACUUGCCUGCAGAAAAGACCUGCACACUGCGAAAUGGAAAGAACUGUUCUACCGAAAACGUUGGUUUACAGAACGGAGAGAAAAUGAAUGCUGAAAACAUAAAACAACCUAAGCAACUUACUCCUGAACCAAAACCAAGAACCAUACUACCAUAUAACAGAGAACUGAAAGAAACAAUCUGCUAGACAUUUUAAAAUAUCCAGGCGCAUAAAUCGCACUUCUGAACAGGCUAUGUGAUAUUAAUUAUAUUUUAAUUUAAACAAGAAAAGUUUCGUUCUACUCGAACUCAAAUUUGACCAUACAAUAAAAUCCUAAAGUAACUGAUUGAACGUAACUAUUGAUUUAUCACACAUACUUCAUUCAACCGAAAAUUAAAUAUGACUAGCAUGUUUGUAGUUAUCCCCAAUACGCAAGGUAAAUUUGUAUACAUUACAAAAUUUAAAUCUGGUUCUUAGGAUAAAACAGAGAGAACGGUCUAUCAUAUUGAUGGCAGUAACUAAAUAUGCAGACAUGCUAAAUGACGUCAGACACCCACUAUCCAGCUUCUUUAUUAUGCCCCUAACUCCAUUGAGCAGAUUCCUUCUUCAGAAGCUAGUAGUCGCUCCCCAAUUUUAUGGAACCCAAGCUUCAUUACCGUGUUCAGGAGAACCCACCACUGGACCCUAUCCUAAGUCAGAUAAAUUUUGUCCUCACCGUCACAAUCCAUUUCAAUAUUAUAUUCCUUUCUAUGCCUGACUCUCAAAAAUGGUAUCUUCCCUUCUUCGUUCUCAAUGCUGUACGAUCCUAAAAUCCUUCCCUUCAGGUUUUACAACUAAAACUUUGUAUGUAUUUCUUAUGUAACCCAUGCCGCGUCCAAUUAAAUCUUGAUUUGGUCACCCUAA